AUGGAGACGGACUCAGGCAGGUUGGAAUCGAGUGUGUGGAUCGGUAAGAAGCGGCACCGCGCGCUGCUCAGCGGCUGGCGCUUCAGCUGGACCGAACUGGACAAGAAGAACCGAGAGAGGAAAACCACUUCAGUGCCGGUUUCUGAGGUGGUUGCGGUCGUGGAGGGUCAGGUUGAGAUCCAGCCGCAGAAGAAAGUAAAGGAAACUGAGCGAGACUUUACAUUGUUUUACGUAAAGCGCAGUAGCAGCAGUGGGAACGGGCCACUGUGGAGUCUGGGUCAGACCCUGUUCAGCUGCCCCAGCCAUGACCUCAGGGAUCAGUGGGUGGCACAGUUCAAAACAGCACUUAAAACUCACUGCCCCAGCCGCCCACACAGGUUGCUGGUGUUUAUUAACCCUUUUGGCGGAAAGAAAAAGGCAGAGCAGAUCUAUCAGUCCUUGGUUGCUCCCCUGUUCGAGUUGGCUGGCAUCAGCUCUCAUGUUGUGGUGACCGAGCAAGCCAAUCAGGCUAGAGACCAUAUUCUGAAGAAAGACCUGACUGUGUUCGAUGGCGUGAUCUGUGUGGGCGGAGACGGAAUGUUCAGUGAGUUGCUGCAUGGCGUGAUUGGACGAACCCAGCAGGAGGCGGGCAUUUCCGAACAUGAUCCCACCGUCAUGCUGCAGCCAUGUGACCUUCAUAUCGGCAUCAUUCCAGCAGGCUCCACGGAUUGUGUUUGUUUUGCCACAGUAGGGGUGAACGACCCUGUUACCUCAGCUCUGCACAUCAUUAUUGGAGACUCUCAGCCUCUGGAUGUGUGUUCUGUUCAUCACAACUCCACAUUUGUACGUUACUCUGUAUCGAUGGUCGGGUAUGGUUUCUAUGGUGAUGUCUUGGCUGAAAGUGAGAGGCACCGGUGGAUGGGACCCCUCAGAUAUGACUAUUCAGGUUGUUUAGUGUAUCUGUGCAACAGGAGCUAUCGGGGAAUAGUCCAGUAUGUACCAGCCGAUUCCCAGAUCUCCAGUCCUAGAGACAAAACACGCUGCCUUUCAGGGUGUCGAGUGUGUUCAGAGAGCACAGAGCGGCUGUUUCCUCGUUCAGACAGCUGCAGUUCUCUGUACAGCAGGCGGCUCAGUCAGUACAGUACUACAUCAGAAGGAGAAUGGUUGAGUGUGGAGGGCAGGUUCAGGUGUGUGUCACUUACCUGCAUGUCCAGCUCGUGCCCACGGAGCCCCAAAGGCCUCUCACCCUCUGCGCACCUAGCUGACGGGACAGCUGACCUCAUCCUGGUGAGGGACACAAAUCCACUGGGUUUCCUUACGUACUUGUACCGGCACACCACAACACAGGAUCAGUUUAAUUUGCCGUUCGUCGAGGUGCACCGCGUCAAAGCAGUGCGAUUUUUUCUUCCUCCUGGUGAAGAUGACGAUGACGACGCAGAACAAGAGAGCCAGAGCAUCACAGCAGGAGUACUAGCAGAUCCAGACAAGUCACAUGAUUGUGAUAUUGAGUCCAGUAGAAAUGGUUCAGAACAAUGUCUUGCAGGAAGCCAGAGGGAGCAAAGAAUGAAGACGAGGGAUUUUCUGUGUGGACCAUGCUGCACUAAACCUCCUGCGGUGUCUGUGUGGAACUGUGAUGGAGAGAUUCUGUCUCAUACUAACAUCUUAUGCAGAGUGCAUGGCCAGCUUGUGCGUCUGUUUGCCAGGGGCAUCGAGGAUGACACGAGCUCCUGGAACUACCAUGAUGGAAACAGGAAUUGCAAAGAAAGAUUUGUGUUACACAGCUGAUGUUACCCAAACCAAAUGAUAGUGGUUAAAUAAUAAGUGUUGCUUAAGUUAUAAAAUAAAAUAUUAGAAUAAACAUAUGCAAGUA